AUAAUGUCUACACAAAUCAAUCUCGCUUAUAUUUUUGUGUAAAAAAAUCCAUUAUUUGGAUGAUGAAAGCAAAAAACACAGAAUCUAGUAAUAGGUCGCGAGUGGCUGAAACUGGCGUGAACUGAGCACCGCCGCUGCUAUGAGCACCUCGGGACUAGACAGCCGAAACAUUGCAAUUUCCAUGAGAAAAUCAGUUGAGAACCUGGUAAUAUCAUCUCAAGAUGCUAUCGGACAGAGCAUCAGCCAGGCUCUCACCUUCUCUGGUGCAAUCACGCAGCAUGCCAACCAGAUUGUACAGGAUACCAAGAACGUCUCUCGGUCACCAUCACCGUUGCUCCGUAACGCCGAGGGCAAUAACGACCGCGACCACGUCGAAAAUGAUAAGGAUUUCCAUGGAAAUCUUAUAGAAGACUCGUUGUUGCAGAGCGAGGGUAUUCUCAUACCGACACACCCCGCUGGUGACGCCAUCUCCAUCUCCAGCGCGAACGACAUUGCUCCAUCACCUGUCCCGCUUAAAACUGACAAUGCCAAGUCGCCUGUAUCAAGCUCAAAGGGCGCCGAGGGCGGGGGUGGUGGCGGUGGCGGCGGUGGAGGCGGUCGGACGAAGAAGAAAAGCUGGUACAAUGCAUUUUAUCCCACGUACAAGAGCAAGUCGGAUGAUUUCAAACGGUUGUUUAAAGAUCUGCCCGACGACGAGAGACUCAUAGUAGACUACUCCUGCGCACUGCAAAAGGACAUCCUUGCGCACGGGCGCCUGUACGCGUCGCAGAACUACCUCUGCUUCUACGCGAGCAUCUUCGGCUGGGAGACCAGCAUGUCGCUGCGAUGGAAGGACGUCACCGCCAUCACCAAGGAGAAGACCGCGCUGGUGAUCCCGAACGCGAUCUUAGUGUGCACCGACGGCGAGAAGAAUUUCCUCACAUCGUUCACGGGUCGGGACAAGGCGUACCUCGUCCUGUUCCGCAUCUGGCAGAACGCGCUCAUGGACCAGCCUAUGACCAGUCAGGAAUACUGGCAGUGGGUGCACACUUGCUACGGCGAAGAGCUGGGCUUCGCGUCGGACGACGAGGGUUACAACCGAGAUCUGUCUCUACCCGUGGAUCUGCCUUUACUUCAGUCAGUGGAGAACUCUGAGGAUCAGAUAGAAACGUCGUCUAUGGAUGCGGGGGGUGGGGGCAGCAGUGAAGCACGCGGCGACAGAGAACGGUCCUCGCGGUCUGCCUCACACACCAGGGAUGCUUCCCCGCCACUCGUGACAAGCGUUGACGGGGACCUCAAGUCGGCGGAAGGCGACACCCUGCCCACUGACAUGUCCGACUCAAGUGACAGCGAGCCAGAGAAACAUCAUAACGGCGCCGUGAUGGAGAAAUGCACUACAGCACACUGCGGCAAGCUGCUGCUCCAGACACAGUUCCCGUUCAACAUCGACCAGCUCUUCACCAUGAUCUUCACUAACUCCAAGUUCAAUUUGGAACUGCUCGCGGCCAGAGGCACUUCUGACUAUGUGCAGGCGCCGUGGCAGGCGGCGGGCGGGCUCAAGUGCCGCCAGGUCAGCUACGUGCUGGGACUCACUUCGGGGCCCAUCGGGCCCAAGGAGGUGCAUGUCACCGAGACGCAGGUUAUGAAUAAGUGCUCGAAGCCUGGCGUACUGUACUCCAUCGACGCGACGUCGGAGAACACGGGCAUCCCGUACGCGGAUUACUUCACGGUGGAGGCGCACUACUGCCUGCAACGCGUGGCCGAACACUGUACCUCAUUCUCCUUCUACGGCCACGUCAAGUACAAGAAGAGCAUGUGGCCCAUGGUCAAGGCGUUCCUGGAGAAGAACACGAUGUCGGGGCUGGAGGAGUUCGCGCGGCAGCUGGAGGCGCGGCUGGCCGCCGAGGCCGAGGGCGCCGCGCCCGCCGCCCGCAAGAGCCGGCGCCACCGCCGCACCGCCGGUCAGUGCUCCCUGCGUUUAUUAAUCGAACACAAACGUCGACAAAUGCGCCCGGCUGCCGAUCUGUGCUUCCACAGUGCGUGCGCUGAAUUCCUAAAGUCCAAACCUCCAUUGAUAUUAAUUUUUGAGUAGGUACAAAAAACAGAAUUACUAUAUAGAGAAUGAUUAGACCUUUAUUGUAAAACUG